AUGCACUCGACAGCGAUUGUGCAGUCGGGCAUGCCCACGGGCAAGAGCUAUCUGAGCUACUGGGGCGAGGCCAAGAUGAAGCAGAAGGGCGUCAUCCAAUAUGGUAUCUCACCCUAUAGGCAGGCACCCAUGAGAGGUGCAGUGACACAUGCGCUCUUCUCCGGCGUAGGACGGAUCAGGCGAUACGCUUUCUGGCCGACCCUCGCAGGCAUCGCAGGCACGCGCUUCACUCAUUCAGGGCUGUCACGUAGUGCUGACCUGAGGUGCGACGCUGCGUGCAGUCUACAGCACCUUGUCAUGGGCGACCGAAAAGAAUCACUAUCUCAACUCAAAGGAGGGACACAGGCAUGGCGAUCAUGCGGGUUGAGCCAGGACGAUUACAGCCUUUGCCUUGAUGUCCUUUUAUGCCAUUGCAUUCAGUCUGGCACGGACGCACAGCAGAGUCAACAUCGCGAUUGCGCCUCUGCUCCUUCGUGA